CCUUCCCUCUGGAUAUUCCCCAGGGAUUUUACCCCUGCUUUAAAUGGGUCGGGGGUGUGUGGCUGUGCUGCGCUGUCCCCUCUGAUGUCCCUGUGCUGUCCCCAGCAGGGAGCAUGCAGAGUCCAGAGGGUGGAUCAGACUCAGCAGCUUCUGUGGCUCUUCACCCGUCGGCCCCGGCGCAGGCACCAGUGGUGCAGGCGGUGCCAGCCUCGCAGCAGAGGGUUUUGGUCCAGGCCACGGGCUCCGCUCCCAAAGGGGCACAGAUGCAGCAAAUCUCUGUUCCCAGAGUCCAGCAGGUUCCACAGCAGGUGCAGUCUGUGCAGCACGUGUACCCAGCCCAGGUGCAGUAUGUGGAAGGAGGAGAAGCUGUUUAUACCAACGGAACCAUACGAGCUGCCUACUCCUACAGCAGCGAGGCGCAGAUUUACGCCCCCGCCAGCGCCGCGCCCUAUUUCGAAGCGCAGGGAGGAGGAGGAGGAGGAGGAGCUCAGGUGACUACAGCGACAUCCUCUCCUACAGCCAUUCCCUCUCACAACAUGGUGGGCAUCACCAUGGACAUUGGGGGAAGUCAGAUCCUCUCCGGCUCGGGCGCCUAUCUCAUUCAUGGGGGGCUGGAGAACUCUAGACAUUCUCUGUCACACACCUCACGCUCCUCUCCAGCAACGCUUGAAAUGGCGAUUGAAAACCUACAAAAAAAUGAAGGGAUUACAUCACACAAAAGCAGUUUGCUCAACAGCCAUCUGCAGUGGCUGCUGGAUAACUACGAGACAGCAGAAGGUGUGAGCCUGCCCCGGAGCUCCCUGUACAACCAUUACCUGAGGCACUGCCAGGAGCACAAACUGGACCCCGUCAACGCCGCCUCCUUCGGGAAGCUCAUCCGCUCCGUCUUCAUGGGGCUGAGGACCCGGCGCCUGGGCACCAGGGGAAAUUCCAAGUAUCACUACUACGGGAUCCGCCUGAAGCCGGAGUCGCCGCUGAACCGCCUGCAGGAGGACACGCAGUACAUGGCCAUGAGGCAGCAGCCCAUCCACCAGAAGCAAAGGUACAGAGCAGCCCAGAAGAUGGAUGGGAUGGCAGAGAGUGCAUCCAACAGCACCCCCCACACCACCCCCGAGCAGUCAGUGGCUGCUCAGUGCCAGCACCACCAGCAGUUCAUAGAUGUAACCCAUGUCUUUCCUGAGUUCCCAGCCCCUGAUCUUGGCAAUGUCCUCUUACAAGAAGGUUUCACCUUGAACGACGUGAAAACUCUGCAGGUUCUCUACAGGAGGCACUGUGAGGCCACUUUGGAUGUCGUGAUGCACCUCCAGUUCCACUACAUCGAGAAGCUGUGGCAAUCCUUCUGGAGUCCCAAGGCACCCCCUAGUGAUGGCCCCACUGCUCUGCCCUCCAGUGAAGAGGAACCCGAAGGGAGCCUCCCAAAGGACAAACUGAUCACCCUGUGCAAGUACGAGCCCAUCCUCAAGUGGAUGAGGAGCUGUGACCACAUCCUGUACCAGGCCCUGGUGGAGAUCCUCAUCCCUGACGUGCUCAGGCCCGUGCCCAGCACGCUGACCCAGGCAAUCCGGAACUUUGCCAAGAGCUUGGAAGGGUGGCUGAUGAACGCCAUGAGUGACUUCCCCCCGCAGGUCGUGCAGACCAAGGUGGGGGUGGUGAGUGCCUUUGCCCAGACCCUGCGCAGGUACACGUCCCUGAACCACCUGGCGCAGGCGGCGCGCGCCGUGCUGCAGAACACGUCCCAGAUCAACCAGAUGCUCAGCGACCUCAACCGCGUGGACUUCGCCAACGUGCAGGAGCAGGCCUCGUGGGUGUGCCAGUGUGAGGAGGGCAUGGUACAGAAGCUGGAGCAGGAUUUCAAGCUGACUCUGCAGCAGCAGAGCUCCCUGGACCAGUGGGCCAGCUGGCUGGACAAUGUGGUCACUCAAGUGCUGAAGCAUCACGAGGGCAGCCCCAGCUUCCCCAAGGCAGCCAGGCAGUUCCUAUUGAAGUGGUCUUUCUACAGCUCCAUGGUGAUCCGGGACCUCACCCUGCGCAGCGCCGCCAGCUUUGGCUCCUUCCACCUGAUCCGCCUGCUCUACGACGAGUACAUGUUCUACCUGGUGGAGCAUCGUGUGGCCCAGGCAACAGGGGAGACCCCAAUUGCUGUCAUGGGAGAGUUUGGUGACCUCACAUCCCUGUCCCCGACACUGCUGGACAAAGAUGACAUCAGCGAGCUGGGCACGGAGGGGGACCCGGGGGAGCCGCUGGUCAAACGGGAGCGCAGCGAGCCCGGCCACUCCCUGCAGGACAUCUGAGCCAGGGCUGCACCUGGCCACUCCUGCAGGACAUCUGACCCGGGCUGCACCUGGCCACUCCUGCAGGACAUCUGAGCCGGGGCUGCACCCGGCCACU